CUGCCACCUGACAGCGCUGAGGAUCGAAGAGCCCCCCUAAGCUGGCACUUGAUUCAUUGCAGCACGCUUACGGUUAAGCCUCUUAUCGAUAGCCCUUACCGAGCCCGUGCAUUUGGCCUCUUAUCGAUAACAACUUUUUUUCUUUACCGAAGCUCAAAGCUAUACACCGCAGUGACCGCCAACAUACCCCUAUUGCACUACUACUCAGGCCCUAUACUGCCCAAAAUGUCGCGUGGCGGACGCUCGUCGUUGCAAAACAGUCUUGAUAGAGAUGUAUAUCAAGUGGUUCGAAAACAUAUCGAGACAUACGAUCAACCCUUGUCCAAGCUGAAAUCGCAUGUCAUAUAUGACCAUAUAAAAUCCUCCAAUUCUUCGUUGAAACGUCGACCAAAGAAGCAGCUCGAGGACUCCAUUGAGCGUGUUUUGCUCGUACUGCAAGAAGAUGAGGCCAGUGAGGAUGAGAUGGCCGAGCUGGAGGGCGCGUUUGCAGACACAGGCAAUGGAGAUGACGAUCUCCAGACCCCCGCGAAGCCCAGUGUAGAUUUUAUGAAUCAACAGAUUGUCAGCGCAUGGAGCAAAGAGGGACCUGGCGGAAAUGGCGUAGAGAAGAGCAAGAAAAGAGAGGGUACCAAAGGUGGUGAGAGGGAGAGCAAAAGGCUGAAGAAAUCCGCCCCGGAGAAGAUCGAUACGAACCCCCCUUCAGGCUUUACUCUCCGCGACCUUGGUGGCGUUGAUAAUGUCAAACGCCAGCUCAAGGAUCACCUUGUGCUACCACUGCUCUACCCUGAAGAAUAUACAGAGCGCAAGAUCCCUAUACCACGUGGUAUAUUGCUGCACGGGCCUCCUGGCUGUGGCAAAACAGUCAUCAGUCGAGCAUUUGCUGCAUCCCUUGGGGUACCAUUUGUGGAGAUUUUGGGUCCCUCGGUCGUGUCUGGGAUGUCGGGAGAGUCCGAAAAGCAGAUCCGAGAGCAUUUUGACCGAGCCAAAGAGGUUGCGCCCUGUCUGAUCUUCAUCGAUGAAAUCGAUGUCAUUGCCCCCAAGCGAGACAGCGCGCAGAGUCAGAUGGAAAAACGUAUUGUGGCCCAGCUUUUAAUUUCCAUGGACAGUCUUGCCAUGGAGAAAAACAAUGGAAAACCUGUCAUCGUGUUGGCUGCUACCAACCGACCGGACAGUCUAGAUCCUGCACUACGACGCGGUGGACGCUUCGAUACCGAAAUCAACAUGGGGGUUCCAAAUGAAUCAAUGAGAGAAAUGAUUUUGAAGGCUCUCACCCGCGAACCCCGCCUUUCAGACGAUGUCGAUUUCUCAGCUCUCGCCAAAAAGACUGCAGGUUUCGUAGGUGCGGAUUUAAAGGACCUUGUCAGCAAAGCAGGAACAUGGUCGAUGGAUCAGUUCCGUGAAGCUCUGGAGAAGCAAGCGAUGGAGGAAGAGACCGAGAUGGAUGUCGAUGGGUCUGAAUUAGCCAAAGGAUCCCGCAUGGAUGAUUCUAUAGAACGUCUCAUCCGCCGUGUAAAAGAAAGGAAAGACCAAAUUCGCCCUGCAGGCUUUGAGGAUACAGCUAUAACGAUGGAAGCUUUUGAUGCCGUACUACCCACUAUUGUACCUUCAUCGAAGCGAGAAGGCUUUGCCACCGUGCCCGACACCACAUGGCGAGACGUUGGCGCGCUUGAGAACGUUCGUGCCGAAUUACAGAUGGCAAUUGUCGAGCCAAUCAAGAACCCCCAACGUUUCAAGGCCGUGGGCAUUACUGCCGCCACGGGAGUUUUGCUGUGGGGGCCUCCUGGCUGCGGCAAGACGUUACUUGCAAAGGCUGUAGCUGCGGAGUCUAAAGCCAAUUUCAUCAGCGUCAAGGGCCCAGAACUGUUAAACAAGGUACGUUGCCAUAACAUAUUUUUCUGCAAUCUACUAAUGACUCUAAUAGUAUGUGGGUGAAUC